UUCAACUGUCAGAGCGUACACGGACUGUAAAACUAGUCGCACAGAAACAUGGCGCUGCUCUUGGACACCAGGCUGCUGCUAAGAAAAAUUAAAGAUAUAAGGAGUUUAACACCAAAACGACACAGAGUGAAAGAGAAAUGGGCGGCCACACGUGCCAAGAAUCCCUCCAGCGCUCUUGCCCUGCGCCACUUUGACUCCACAUACAGCAUCCAGCUGGGGAAGUUGUGGCCAUCAGUCAGAGUCGCUCUGUUGUCAGAGAGGAAAUAUGGAGCCCUUCUGAAUACUUUUUUCCAUGAUGCUUUUCUGGAAGACUUGGAAGCUCAAGGGUGCAGGGACUUCAUCAGGGACAUGGAUACAGAAGCUCAGCUGAGUCUGCAGCAAGAAUCUGGGGACGUAUCUGAGAAGGAAUCAGUCUCUGUCUCUGCGCAGAAAUCUGACACUGACAGUCAGCAGCUUCCUCCUCUGCCGCUCAGUGCUAACAUCAAGUGUGUGGUGUUUCCAAGAGGGGAUAUCACAAGAUUUAAGCCUGCAAGACCAGAUAAGUACGGGUUGUUGAGUUAUUACCUGAUGGAUGCAGCUUCUGUGCUGCCAUGUCUAGCUCUGAACGUUCAGGAGGGUCAUAAUGUUCUUGACCUCUGUGCCGCUCCAGGAGGCAAAACUUUGUCUUUACUGCAAACGCAUUCUCUUGGUUUUUUCUGUGUGAAUGAUACCUCUGUGUCUCGAACAAUCCGACUGAGAAAGGUCCUUAAAAGCUACAUUCCCAAGGAGCUUCUGACUGAUGAAAGAAUACGCAUCACCUCCUUUGAUGGCACAAAGUGGGGUGAAAUUGAUAGGAACACAUUUGACAGAGUUCUUGUUGACGUCCCCUGCACCACAGACAGACACUCACUGAUGGAGGAUGACAACAACAUAUUCAAUAAGAACAGGGCGGGUGAGAGACGACGGCUGCCGCAGCUGCAAGCAGAGCUGCUGCUGGCGGGAAUCUUGGCUGCUUGCCCAGGUGGAGAGAUCCUUUACUCCACCUGCACUCUCUCUCAUAUCCAGAACCAGAAUGUGGUUGAACAGGCCAUCCACUUAGCCCACGAGAACCACGGCAUCCAACUUCAGGUUGUUGACCUUCAACCCCUCACACACAUGUUUAGGAAAACAUUUCACUUCGCUCCUGACCUCCCGCUGGGUGAGAUGGUCAUCCCACACUUAGCUGCUAACUUUGGCCCCAUCUACAUGUGCAAACUACAGAGGCUCACGUAGACUGUGGACUGAUGGACUCUAUUUAUUUCUAUCUAUGUGUCUGUAUGAACUGUGUCUUUUAGAGCACAGAUGAAGGAGAACUUUUUCCUCAUGGUGGUGGACUAUUGAAACACCAGACUACAGGACUACAGUGUGUGAAACGUGACUGGUUAAAAUGCCAGAAAGCCCAAAGAAUCCAGCUGAAGUACCGGAAAUGUGACACUUCAGCUUUGGACAAUUUGAAUCCACAGUUUUAUAUAUGGAAAAGCAAAUAUUGAGUCAAAAACUAGAUUCAUUUGAUAUGAAUUAAGACUCAAACUGUAGUGAUGAUUUGUCCUUGUACCAACUAAUAAAAUUCAAACACACUCAGAAUCAAACCGGCCACUGGAACAUGUCAGAAAUGGAUCUUACACAGAAGCAAAAAACCUUGAAAUUCCUGGUAAGUAUGACAUUCUUUUAGGUUUAAUUAACUGAUAUAUUUUGAAAAAACAAAAACAACAAAGCAUUCUUGCAUUUAUUUCCCAUCCUGCUAAAAGUCCAUAUACAAACCCGCUCUCCACCCAGCCUAUCUCAACCUACCCAUUACAGGUACUACACAGAGUGCCAAAAUUGCCCUGUUCUUUCAAAAUAAGAGCAUAAAAGACCUCAAUCAUUCUGAAUAAUCAUACUGAUGUUGUCAAACUUCAACAUAUAUCCCCCUGAAACAAAAUAACAUAAAAAUUAUAAAUAAUGUAAAUCCCCUUUGAGGAGUUUUUAGAUGGUUCUUAAGCAGACUGAAAUGAACUCUGCUGCCUUAAUGACCAAUAAAAGCAAAAGACACCAUCAGGGAGAAGAUUGAUUAUUCCAUGAAGUAAUUUUUGACGCUUGUAAACACUAGUAAUCUGUUGAUUAAAUAUGAGAAUGAACUUGUUUUACAGCACUGUAUGUGAUUAUGACAUAUCCAGCAACAAAUCCUUCAGAUGUAGUUUUAUUUAACUCCUGUAGGUGGCAGCCUUAGUUAACAAUACAAGUAUUUUGUGUCCCCACUAGAGUCCUUAAAAGAACCGUCCGUAAAGGUUUAAAGGUGAAAGAAGCCCCAAGUCAGUUACUGUGUCAGAUGAUGAGGACUUCCGAAUCCCAUUACAGAAACACAUAUUUCCAUCAUCUCCUGCAACUCUCCAAUGAAUGUGUUGUGUUUGCUCUGUGCUUAUUCAUCAGGUUUGAUGGCUUUGCCUAAUAAUGCAGUAUAUGGCUAUGUUGAAAGAGGGAAUAAUGAACAGGCAGGUAAUGACUUAUUGACCAUUUGGCUUCUCACAUCUGAAUCUGUGCAACUUUCAUUAUGAAAGCUGGAUGGACUCAUGUUUUGCAUUGACAUCACUCAGAGGUGAAAUGUUUCCUCUUAUCACGAGCUAAUGUGAGCGCAGAGGUGCCUCUUUUUAUCAUCACACCACGGAUGACCCUUUAUGUUGUCCUGCACAGGCAAUGUAGCGUGAAAAAGGUGUGUGUGUGUGUGUGUGUGUGUUUCUCAAACGAGUCUACCAUCCGCAUCCCACUGUCAUUAAGCCGCUCCAAGCGCAGGAGCUGACUCCCAUCCCUGUGCAGGGACGGACGGCAGCCAUGCGGCUCCCAGAUGAACAUUAAAGAGGCAGCAGAGAGCUAAAAUGGGACGUCUCGGCCUGUUUUGCCCCUGCGCUUUUUUAUUCCACAGAUGAGUGCAGAUAAUUUCCUGUGCGAUUGUGAGUGAUUACUGUAUUACUGCGGUAAAAGGGGGAUGUAUCUGGGAAUGCAGAGGGAAUUAAUGACACAUAAAAACUAUUUUUGUAUUGACUGCUUUCGUCUCCGGGGCCUUGAGUGCCUCCUCGUACAUCGUGUGAUUACCUAAACGUAUUGUAAAUAUGUGUUUCCUAUGGGCUCUUACAUAAAUUUACAUGUUUUAACACUUAGGAGACGGCAGACUGUUAGAGAUGAGUUACUCUCUAUUCUGCCUGUCUAUUGACUCCACUCGCUGUCUGCUUUAUUAUUGAAUUAGCCAAUGAACCGCUGUCUAUUUGUGUCCCUGUGUGUAAGCCUGUGUUAGGGAGACAUAUGCUGUGUAUUAGAAAGAUGAAUAUUAUGGAUUUAACCACACAGCCAUGCCUCUGUUGUCUGUUCAAAUAUAAUUUAAAUGUUGCUUUUUUUGAUAAUAAACAUGCAAAACACA